AUGGCCUCCUCCACCAGCUCUCAAGCUCAAACCUCGGGGGACCUUGCAGAGGGACUCUUCGGUCCACGCCCUGCUAAUGCCGAACAAGCAAGAUUUCUUAAAGAAGAGACGAGAUAUGAAGCACCUUACAUGCAAAGUUACUCUGGCAUGAGCAAAGUGAACAUUGCUUCACCGCAACCCAAAAAACAAAAGACCGAUGUCACUCCUACGCCGGCAAAGAAAUCAAGCCUUCUGGCAAACAUUAUAUUUUCAGCCAUUUUGAUAGCUGCGGUCUAUUUUGCAUCGCCAUACCUUGGCCCAACGACAGCCGAAAUGAUCGAUAGAGUCGGCGAAGCAUUCAACUACGCAGUGACAUCCUAUAGUCCGGAACCAAGUGUGACAAUACUCCCAAUCGAGGAACCAACACUUACAAUACUCCCAAUCACAACAUCAGAGACUCCUCUAGUGCCAGUUUGGGACAAUGGGGAUAAUUCUGUGGAAAACGACCCUAUUGACUCCGAAACCGAGUCUUUUUUAGGGUUGGUCUCAGGGACUAGACUUCCUCUCAAGGAAGACGACACUAGUUAUCCUACGGAAGAGGCAACAACAACAGUCAUUACCGCGAACCAAGUUACUACGCAAACAGAAGCAACAGCAUCCAUGAUCAAAGGAUUUAGGUAUCGUGAAAGAGUCCAUACCUACCCUAACAGCUUCGAUCGUCUUUUAACAGUGUGUGGAGACCUGUCCGACAUCUUGUCAGAACACCAGAUUUGGGAUAUCGCGGAGCAUGCUUUCGAGGCCCACGAAGACCUCUCAGAUGCACUAAAGAUAAUCCGACUCUCUCAGACCGAUACAGUACUUGUUGAGCGUAACGAGGAGCUUAGUCGAAGCAUAUUAAGAUUUGUACAGGAAGUCCUCAUCUCCUGCUUGCAGAUCAAGAAAGAGAAUUUCGUUUUCGGAGCAGAGCUCGAAUAUAUAUUGACCACAUCUAAGCUUCAACCACCAGAUAAAAGAGCGCUCGGAGAAUCUAUACUCGCAUUACAAGCGUCAGCACCAGGCUACAAAGAAAUGCUGCAGGAGAAAGUUUCCAUGCUCGAAGCAUUCGAGCUAGAGAUCGAUAAUACCGCCAGGGACACCAUGAAAGACAACCUGGAUCUGUUUGAGAAGAUCAGGAAGGAAGAUCUGAUGAGAGAUCUUAAUGCAAACUCAUUCAAUUUCCCGUGGACCAAGGGUAGAGGGGAAGACAAGAUACGCAAUGAAAAGCUGAUCUCGACUCUUCGGAGGACGAUAUUCCUAGAUCAAUUUGUCAAGAACAUUCAAAAGCUCCGAGCUCAGAUUCAUGAUGGAAUCUCAUUACUUGAUGGGAUAGUGAAGGAUAAAGAAGCAGAUGGCAAGCUAGCAAAAAGGGGUGUGAAGGUGGAUGCGAAGAGGCAUGUUCCUGUACUUGAAGACGCUUACAGAGAGGCAGUCGCUCGGAGAAAAAACUUGGAAAAGCAUCUGAUCAGACUUGAGUCAAGUGUUUCAGAGCGGGAGGGAGGUAAAGGACGGUAG